AGUGUCGCUGCAGCAGCAGCACGGGGCGGGUAAAGUACCCUAUGGAAGAGAUGGAGGAAGAGCUGAAGUGUCCCGUGUGCGGCUCCUUUUACCGGGAGCCCAUCAUCCUGCCAUGUUCCCACAGCCUGUGCCUCUCCUGUGCCCGCAACAUCCUGGUGCAGACGCCCGACUCGGAGUCCCCGCAGAGCCGCCGGGCGUCCGGGCUGUCCGACUACGACUACCUGGACCUGGAUAAGAUGAGCCUGUACAGCGAGGCGGACAGCGGCUACGGCUCGUACGGAGGCUUCGCCAGCGCCCCCACCACCCCCUGCCAGAAAUCCCCCAACGGAGUGCGGGUGUUCCCGCCGAGCAUGCCCGCUCCGCACCUGCCGCACCACCACUCCUCCGGGGCGCUGCUGCCUCCCCCGCCCGCCCGCAACCAGUGCCUGACCUGCCCGCAGUGCCACCGCUCCCUGCUGCUGGACGACCGGGGGCUCCGCGGCUUCGCCAAGAACCGGGUGCUGGAGGGGGUGAUCGAGCGCUACCAGCAGAGCAAGGCGGCCGCCCUGAGGUGUCAGCUGUGCGAGAAGAACCCCAAGGAGGCCACGGUGAUGUGCGAGCAGUGCGACGUCUUCUACUGCGAGCCCUGCCGCCUGCGGUGCCACCCGCCCCGGGGACCCCUGGCCAAGCACCGCCUGCUGCCCCCCGCACAGGGCAGGGUGAGCCGCCGCCUGAGCCCCCGCAAGAUCUCAACCUGCACCGACCACGAGCUGGAGAACCACAGCAUGUACUGCGUCCAGUGCAAGAUGCCCGUGUGCUACCAGUGCCUGGAGGAGGGCAAGCACAGCAGCCAUGAGGUCAAGGCCCUGGGGGCCAUGUGGAAGCUGCACAAGAGUCAGCUUUCCCAGGCCCUGAAUGGACUCUCAGACAGAGCAAAGGAAGCCAAAGAAUUCCUCGUCCAGCUUAGAAACAUGGUCCAGCAAAUCCAGGUACAGUUGUCACCUGACAAAGAAUCAAAUCACAAGGAGAACAGUGUGGAGUUUGAGGCCUGUCUGGUCGCCCAGUGUGACGCCCUCAUCGACGCCCUGAACCGAAGGAAAGUGCAGCUACUAUCGAGGGUUAAUAAAGAACAUGAACACAAACUAAAGGUCGUACGGGAUCAGAUCUCUCACUGCACGGUAAAGCUGCGGCAGACGACCGGAUUGAUGGAGUAUUGUCUGGAGGUGAUAAAGGAGAACGACCCCAGCGGUUUUCUUCAGAUAUCCGACGCACUUAUACGAAGAGUCCACCUGACUGAGGAUCAGUGGGGUAAAGGAACUCUCACCCCAAGGAUGACCACUGACUUCGAUCUAAACCUGGACAGCGCCCCCCUCCUGCAGUCCAUCCAUCAGCUGGACUUUGUGCAGAUGAAAGCCCCCUCUUUAGUACCUGCACCCCCAAUCCUGCAGAUGGAAGAGUGCUGUACCCACAACAACAGUGCCACCCUGUCCUGGAAACAGCCGCCCAUGUCCAUGGUGCAGGCGGAAGGAUAUAUCCUGGAGCUGGAUGAUGGCAACGGAGGACAAUUCAGGCAGGAAGUUAUUCCGAACAGGACGUCGGGGCGGGCGUUCUCGUGGUCCCUCGGUGUGGUCUUACAUCAUGAAGUGUUUGUCGGGAAGGAGACGAUGUGCACGGUGGACGGGCUACACUUCAACAGUACGUACAACGCCCGGGUGAAGGCCUUCAAUAAAGCGGGGGUCAGCAUGUACAGUAAGACCCUGGUGCUCCAGACCUCCGAAGGUCCCUAUCCUCGAAUGUCCGCCUCUCUCACCUCUCGCUUGCAAAUCAACACCAUGCCCUCUCCUCUCGAAUUCCUCCAAAACUCAGAACAGGAAACUUGUGUGUCUCCAGUAGACAUAAAAAAGCUGGUGGCAGUGGCCUGGUUCGCCUUCGACCCCGGUUCAGCACAUUCAGACAUCAUCUUCUCCAACGACAACCUGACUGUCACGUGUAACAGCUACGACGACAGGGUAGUGCUGGGGAAGACCGGCUUCUCUAAGGGAGUUCACUACUGGGAGCUGACCAUUGAUCGGUACGACAAUCACCCGGAUCCUGCCUUCGGCGUGGCCCGGGUGGAGGUGAUGAAGGACGUCAUGCUCGGAAAAGAUGACAAAGCCUGGGCCAUGUACGUGGACAACAACCGCAGCUGGUUCAUGCACAACAACUCCCACACGAACAGGACUGAAGGAGGCAUCACCAAGGGUGCCACGGUGGGUGUCCUCUUAGACUUCACUAGGAGGACAUUGACCUUCUCCAUCAAUGAGGAGCAGCAGGGGCCCGUGGCCUUCGAAAACAUGGAGGGGUUGUUGUUUCCUGCUGUCAGUCUCAAUAGAAAUGUGCAGGUAACGCUUCACACCGGUAUGCCAAUCCCCAGAUUCUACUCAUCCAGGGCAUCCAUAGCAUCUUAGAAGUGCCAUAAGGACUGAAACCGCUCUCAAAGUCCCUGACCGCCAUCACAUUGGACUCCAAAGAGCAAAUGAUUCUUAUGAGAACGAAGAAUGUUUAUGUGCAAGACAGUGUAAAUACAUAGGAAGGAUGGGAUAUAGGGGGCGCUAACGUCUCUGUACAGGGUGUUCACACAGGACCUUCUCCCAAUGACCAGUGCUUCUCCAUUGUGUCCACCCAAACAAUCCAUUACCUAUUCCCUAGAUCCAUGUUGGUAUCAUUCUUCUCUAUGGCGUCCACCUCUGUCCUGAAGGUUGAAGCUACAUAUCUCCAUGAAGUCUACUUGGUGCCAGCUGUAUCCAGUGUUGGCGCGAUAUCUAUUUCUAACGUUCAGCUCUCCAUGGUGCCCAUCUCUGUACAGGGUAUUCUCCUGAAAUAUAUCCAUGAAGUCCAGACCUUCUCUGUCCAUGACUGUGUUUCCCAACCAGGGUGCCUCCAGCUGUUGCAAAACUAC